AUGUCUGGGUUCAAUCUUUACCCACCAGUCAACGCUACAGGUCUCGCCAGUGUACUGGGAGUCUCUGGCGGCUGCCUCAGCUCCUUAAAUGCUACCCUUGCUUGUGACCCCAGCACGUUCGCUCUUACCCUCGACCCAGACCAGUACUACUGGACGCAGGACAAUAUAACGGCACUUUGUACUUCAAGCUGCCAGCAGUCGGCGGUACAGUGGAACAACAAUGUGCAGACUGCCUGUGGUGGCUACAACAUCACGCUGGACUCCAGGUCCGUUCCCAUCGCAACAGUCGCCGGUCGCUAUCUCGACGGUCUGAACGUAGCAUGUCUUGGUGAUGGGAGCGGUGGAAACUGCUUGCUGGAUAGUCAGGAGUGGGUAGGAUCCGACCUGUUUUACAAUUCAGAUGGGUCUCCCGCUACCGAGCAGAACCUGACCGGCAUGUACCCUUCGUCGUUGCUGUGCGGAUCUUGUUUCUUACCUCUGCUUCUUGAACGUCUGUCAUCACCCUUUGUAGGAACGGGCGGUUUCGCUUCUUACCUCAACUACCAAUAUUACGACAUACAGGCGUUCUGUAACGUCACCAAUGGCACCACAAUCCCGCUCGGGGGUGAAGGGUUCAUGUCCGUUCCUGCAGCCAACAUCAGCGUGCCCGACUCAGGCGCCGUCAAUUGCACCGGCCAGACAGUACCGACCACCGUAUCGAGCAGCUAUCAGUGCGACACGUUGUCCAAGCAGUACAGUGUAGGAACCGGCGAUCUUCAACUUGCCUCUGGCAACGUCAACUGCUCUUUCGCAGCACCCGCGUGCGCGCCUGCAACUUGCCAGCUGGGUCAGGUCCCAGWAAACAGCACUUGCGAUGGCUUUGCUGCAUCGCUGUCUAGCUCGUCGAACAACAUCACAACGGUCCAACUCCUCACAUGGAAUCCGAAUGUCGUCGGAUUCUGUGAUGCUCUACCUUCACAGUAUGCCUGUGUCGCUCCGCCAGGAGGUGCUUAUACUUUACAAGUAUCGAAUGCCACCAAUGCAGCAGCUGGCAACCAGGGCGAAAUUUCGACGACAUUCUCAUCUGUUGCGCCAUCUCAAGCACCAUGUACCGCCGGCAGCGCGGCACCUGGCCCGACACCCAAUGGUGCAAUCAGCAACUGCUGCAAAUGGUACGAGGUGCAGUCCGGUGACACAUGUUAUGCCAUCUGGCAGAACAACUCCAUCACCUCGACCCAAUUUUACUCGUGGAAUCCUGAAGUCAACCAGACCAGUUGCGGAAUCUGGCUUGGCUACGACUAUUGUGUCAGGGGUCCUGCCGUGGUACAGUCAUCGUCAACUGCCUCCUCAGUCAAUACGGUUCCUACCUCCACUGCCGCUUCACUGGCGAGCGGGAACACUCAGUCCAAGAUUACGAGCAGUACUUCCACCACUCGAUCAACUACAUCGGGAGGAACAACAAGCUCUCAAAGUGGAUCGAAGAGCACGAUUACGACUCAUGCAACCACAUCAGGAGGUACAACCAGCGCUCAAAGUGCGUCAAAGAGUACCGUCACCUCGCACACCACCACUUCAGGGGGAACAUCCACCACUCAUGCCAAGCGUGCCCUUCCCACGGACUCGUCUCUCUUAGGUACCGUUUAUGAGUAUCUGACAGGCCGAAGCUUGUUGGAGAAGCGCGACUGUUCGAGUAUCGCCACCGGAUCCUGUUCAUCAACGUGCCCAUGUUCCAAUGGGGCAUGCUGUAGCAAUUCAGGAUUCUGUGGCUAUUCGCCCUCCUUCUGUGGCUCGGGAAACUGCACAUCGAAUUGCAAUGCAAAAGCGCAAUGUGGACAAUAUGCUCCGAGCGGGCAGCAGAGCUGUCCUUUGAACGUUUGCUGCAGCCAAUAUGGUUUCUGCGGCAGCACCGACGAGUUCUGCGGUACUGGCUGCCAGACUGGCUAUGAUGGAACCUGCGGUCCUGCCCAUCGUCCUGUUGGCACCGGUGCUACCGCUAACAAGCGAGCCAUUGCAUACUACGAGUCCUGGGCCACCGAACGACCCUGCGACCAGGUUGAGCCAGAAGACCUGAAUCUAUCAGGAUUCACCCAUAUGAACCUGGCUUUCGCUUAUYUCGACCCAAAUACAUUCCAGAUUCAGGCCAUGGACAGCCAAUCAGGCGCUCUGUUCCCUCGCUUCACUGGCCUGAAGGCCAGCAACCCGGGGCUGCAGACUUGGAUCUCGAUUGGAGGCUGGUCCUUCACUGAUCCUGGCCCCACGCAGACGGCUUUCUCUAACAUGGCAGCUAGCUCGGCCAAUCGUCAGACCUUCAUUAAGAAUGUGAUGCAGUUUAUGAAGACAUAUGGCUUUGACGGUGUCGAUGUCGAUUGGGAGUACCCAGCCGCGGACGACAGAGGUGGUGUCGCUGCAGACGCACAGAACUACGUCUCGCUGCUUUCAGACAUGCGAGCAGCAUUUGGUUCUCAGUAUGGCUUGUCCAUUACGAUUCCCACCUCGUAUUGGUACAUGCAGCAUUUCCUGCUGACACAAAUGGAGCCACAUGUUGACUGGUUCAACUUGAUGGCCUAUGACUUGCACGGUACCUGGGACAGUACCGACAAAUUCGUGGGGCCAUACAUUAACCCACACACCAAUCUGACAGAGAUUGAUGGCAGUCUUGACUUGCUAUGGCGUGCCGGUGUUGAUCCUUCCAAGGUGGUCUUAGGAGAAGGGUGGUAUGGCCGUUCUUUCACUCUCCAGGAUCCAAAUUGCAACACACCCAACGGAGUCUGCCAGUUCAAGACUGGUGGCACAGCGGGUCCAUGCUCACAAGCAUCUGGUAUCUUAACGAAUGCUGAGAUUCAAAACGUCAUUGCACAAACUGGUGCGCAGCCUGUAUAUGACUCCGUUGCCGGCGUGAACUGGAUAACUUGGAACUCCAACCAAUGGGUAUCUUUCGAUAAUGCCCGCACAUAUCAACAAAAGCGUGACCUUGCCAAUUCCCGCGGUCUGGGUGGUACGAUGGUAUGGGCGGCUGAUCAGGACAACCAGAACCAGACCACCACAUACUCCUCAGUUCCUCUUUCUCCCUUGUCUCUCCAGGACAAGUCAAUCGUGUCCCAGCUGUCCGGAGGACUUCAGGCGACACUUGCCUGCUAUUCGUCGCAGUGUGGCGAUGGUUGUCGAAUCGGAUACAAUGAGAUUGCCAAAAUGUCCGGUCAGACGGGUUCGCUAUCCACCAAGGACCAAUGUAACUCGGGUCAUCAUCAAUCCGAGUGCUGUAUCGGAGGUACCAAGACUGGAAAAUGCUCGUGGCGAGGUUAUCGUGGCCACGGCUUACCGUGUUCUGGCGGAUGCAAUUCGAAUGAGGUGCUGAUCACCACCAACACCAAUUCCAUCACCAAGCAUGGUUUGAAGACGCACGAUUACACCUGUGCUGGUGGGUUCCAGAGCUUGUGCUGCGCUGGCUUUUCCGCCUCUUUGAAUUCCCUCAAUCCCUCAUACAUUGCCAGCUCGUUGGCUGCUCAGGCUACCAACGAAGCAAAGAAGAAAGCCAAGGAAGUGAUUGACAAAGCAGCUGGACACUUGUGCGAUGAGCUGGUUCCCGAGAUUCUCGCUCCGAUUGAGCUACUCGAGCUCGAGAUCCCCGUUAUUGGCGAGCUUGCCGAUCUUGCCGAGACAAUUGCGAUUCCAGGUCUCAUCGACCUCUGUAAGAAAGAGUUGGAAAAAGCCGGUAAUGCUGUAAUUGGCUGGAAGGGAACUUCGAGCACAGUCUCCCUAGCACAGCCCGCAUCAACGCUCGCUCCAGAAGCUCUCUGCGCCCCUGAAACGUGCGGUACAUCCGGGACGUGUCCGAACAAGAAACUGAGGAAGCGCUUCAUCACAGAUGGGAAUGAAGUCGAAGCCAAUAACCGACAUCUCCGCCGCGAUGGCACCGGACUCUUCGCCCGCGCUGGCACACCACUAGAUGCGCCAUCAGGAUCCCAAUACGACAGAUGGUUCUCCGCCGUGUUCGAAUCAUCUCGCACCGCAGAAGUCCUAGUCUCUGAAGUCCAAGGUGCAAAUGGGGAAGCCUCCUCGGACGUCGAAGGCUUCUUCACCCAGCCCUUCUUCAUCGGCGUCCAAGGCCUCUAUGGAUGUGCUUCCCUAGUCGUCGUCUCCCACUCCGGAGCAUACCUCACUCACUUCUGGGAGAAGCCGAAUUUCUCACGCUCCGACACCUCAACCUCCCUCAACUCUAAUUUCAGAAACAACAUCCUCAAACCCCUCACGGGCUCCAGCAAAUUCGAAGGUUUCGCCGGCAUCAAAGACCUCCCCGCGGGAUGGUUCACGGGCUCCGACACCAAGAUCGCCCUUGUGGUGCCCACGAAUCGAGAAGCGUCCAGUUACCGGUACCCUGUUGACAAUGCCGCCAUCAUCAAUGCCGUGGCACAGAGUCUCGGAGUCGCGGCGAGCAGUAUCCUGACGGUUCCGUAUGAUAAUAAUGCGGAGGAUUCCACCAACAUGGGGAUUGCGGCCGGGAAGGUGGCGUUGACGUAUGGGAAUAACAUCGAUGGGUCGCAUGCGGCGUAUCAGGUGUAUAUUGGUUCGCCGACGAAUGGGCAGGGGAACUUGAUUUUUAAGGAUCAGUGGGUUAGGGGAAGUAAUCAGUGA